GUUGAUUGUUGGUCGUUUUCUCGGCGAAUUGCAGAUGCCGCCGGCCUCUCUGUAGAGCAUGACUGAGGCCACCGAACGCACUAUCAUCUGAGGUACACACAUGAGGGCACACAGGGCAUCCACAUCUAUAUAUGUACAGCCAAAUAUGGAUAUGUAUACAUACAUACAUACUGUGUUUGCUCUGUGCUGCUGUGUGGUGUGCUGCGGUGUGCAGGUGUGCAGGUGUGUGGUGUGUAGUUCUGUCGUGGUGGCUCACGCGGUGGUGGCUGUUGCCAUCGCUUCAGUUACUUUGUUGAUCGUUCAUCACUCGCUAUGGAGGCCCAGCAAUACCUGCACCGCCCCAGAGCUGACGGCACGAGGGACGUGACGGUUCUGAAGAAGAAUGGAGACAUGGUGACAGUCAGCAUCCCGCGAGCCCUGUCUGACGACAUGAAGAAACAGCUGACGGGCCGAGCGGCUGACUCCACACUGGACAACAUGCUGCUGUCUGGGUGGGUUGGUAUCCGGCGAUAUGGCCAUGGGCUGGGAGAUUGGCUGAAGCGGCAUCGAGCCGUCUAUCUGCGGUUUGUUCCCACCAUGGACGAAUCUGCCAGAUCCACUCUUCCACGCAGCCUCUCAACUGAUGAGCUCCAGCAGCUUGUCGACGAGGCCCACCGGUGUGUGCCUGACUUGGGUAUCGAUCCCGUCGCCAGCCACCCCUCCGCCCUGCGUCUUGAUAGAGGAGUGAUCGAGCAUGAGGUCCUGAUGGCACUGGAGAGCGAUGAGCCCUUCCCACUGCUGCGGUCGCUGGGGCUGGAGGACCUCCUCUUGUCCAACCACGCCCAGUACAGCUCGAAGAUCCCAGCCAUCCCACCAGCACCAUCGCGGCGCAGGAGACGUGACAGUGGUGACGACGAUGACAGCCACCGCCCGUCGAGGAGACGUGCUUCUCGUCUGCCGGCCGUCGCCGCACACCCAUCUCGCCAGCCCAAGAGAAAGGCGAGGUCUCCUGCCCUCGAUCCAGCUUUCCCGCAGAUUUCCAGUCCACUGAGGAAAGUGCCGUCUCCUGAGCGGGACAAGGGGAGGGACGUCGCUGCGGCUGCUGCUGCUGCCCGAGGCCGAUCUCCGCCCCUAUCGCCUCAGCCAAUGGACGAAGAUCCUCCCCCACCGGCAGCCGCUGCUGCUGCUGCUGCCUCUGUCGUCAUGCCCAAGGCUGCCCCGGCCCGUCCGUCAGCCGCGGCGCCGGCUGCCAGACGCCUCCCUUCCCCUCCUCCCUGGGCUGUCCAUCCGCAGCCGGCCGCAUUGGCGUCUCCUCUGCGUCGAUCGAACCCCCCACCACCAGCAGCUGCAUCUCCGGAGAGGUCCCGUUUCUCGCGUCCGCUGCAAUCUCCUGCCUCUCCCCCACCACCACCACCACCGCUGCUGUCUCCCCCACCAUCACCACCGCCAGCAGCAGCAGCAGCAGCAGCCCGCCAGCCCCGGCCUGCCGGCCCUUCUGUGCACUCGGUCGACCUAUUCUACGACUCUGACGAGGGCGAGGCGGAAGAGGACGAAAGCGACAGGGAUGAAGAGUCACAUGUUGGCGGAGAUUAUCCCGUGUGUGUUCGACCCUUCCGCCCAGCUGCCGUGGCUUGAGAGGGACGGCGAGGGAGGCGGCGAGGGGGCUGCUGCCGCGCCCC